UUCGACUUGCUGGGUGCCAGAAUAUCAAAUAUCUUCCGGCGAUGCCCUGCAAUGUUGAAUUCAAUGAUUUUUCUCAUACAGCAAUGAUAUCAGAUUCUGAUGUGUUUAUUAGUUUCAGAGGUGAGGACAAACGCUAUGCUUUUACCGACCAUCUUCACGCGGCUUUACUUGAGAAGAAAAUUGAGGCCUACAUGGAUUACAGACUGAAGAAAGGAGACGACAUUGUACGUUCCCUUAAAGAAGCAAUCAAGAAAUCAAAAAUUGCAGUAAUCAUUUUCUCAAAAAGAUAUGCUUCUUCCAAAUGGUGUUUGGAAGAACUUGUGCAUGUACUAGAACGCAAGAAAAGCUAUGGACAAAUUGUUAUACCCAUUUUUUACGGCAUAGAUCCAUCACAUGUACGAAAACAACAGGGAACUUAUGCACUUGCACUUGAUGAACUUGAAAAACGUUUCAAGGGCAGUACGGAUGAGGUGGUUAACUGGAGGGAUGCUUUGAAGGAAGCAGCCGAUAUGGCUGGGUUUCAUUAUUCAAGCGAAACAGGGAGGACAGAGGCCGAUUUUGUUGAGGAAGUUGUUCAAUAUGUUGUGACCAAAUUUGUUGGGUUUUUAGAAGAACAAUAGAGUGAUUUUAUUUAUUGAACAAUAGAUGAGUACAAGCCUUCGACAACUAGAAACUGUUUACUAGGCUUAUUG